AUGAGUUCAAAUAAGUAGCACAAAAAAGGAGUAUAAGCAAAAGAAAAUAAGAAAACUGUAAAAAUAAGUUAAAACAAUAAUGAAAUUUAUGUGAUAAAUGAAGAAGAUGCAGAAGAGCAUCAAGCUAUUCUCUAAAAAAUUGAAGAAACCCUUGGAGAUGCUGUUGAUUUGAAAAAAUAAUUAAAUGAAAAAAAAGAUGAUAAAUAAUUAAUUUAGUAGCAAGAGGUCCAAGUAAAUGCUAAAUAACCUGCAAAUGCUUAAUAAUAAGUUAGCACAUAAUCAAACGUAAAAAGUACGAACUUUCAAUAGGGAAAGCUAGCCAUGCAUAAAGAGAAUGAGGAAAAAUAUAAGAAAGAAAUUUCACAGUUGAAAUCAUAAGUUGCUAAUUUGAAUGAAACAGUCAAUAAAAUAAAGACUGAGUCAAAUAAAAAUUUGAGAUUGCUUAACAGUACUUAAGAAACUAAUAAAAAUUUAUAAACAGCAUUAGACAAAAAUGAAGAAUUAGUGAGAUAAUUGCAAGAAAAGAUUUCAUUGCUUAAUUCGAGAAAUAGAGAACUUGAAAAAUAAAGUGUAGAUGUAAAUAGGUAAUCUGAUCAGUUAUACAAAGAUAAAAAGAACAUGGAAACUUAAAAAGAUAAACUAAAUUUGUAAAUUACAGAUUUGAUGUCUAGGUGUGAUAUUUUAAAAAAUGAAAACAAAAAUCUUACUGAAGUGAUGAUUUAGAAGAAUAAGCAAUCUAACGAUAAAAUAGAUGAACAUUUGUAAAAGAUUUAAGAGCUUCAUAGCGAAAUAGCAGACUUAAAAUAAUAAAUGAAGGAAUAAGAAUCUUAUUACCAAAAAGAGAAAAAUGCUAAGGAUGAAUUGAGGGUAAAACUUAAAAUGCAAGAAAUAGCAGUUUAAGAAAAUGAGGAAUUAAAAAAGAAGCUUUAAAAAAAAGAAGAUAAGUUAGAAGAAUUAGAGGAUUUGGUUGACCAGCUAAAGGCAAAAUUGAGAAAAUUUGAUACAAGUCUUACAAUCAAAGACUAGCAUGGUUAAAUAAAGGAAUAUAGAAGUGAAAAAUACAGUGAUUUGUUGAGUGAAAAACAAUCAGAUUAGAUAAAAUAAUUGUAGAAUGAGUUAACUCAGCUUUCUUAAAGUAUGGGAGAUUUUAGAAAUAAUAACUAUAAAAUAGAAAGUGAAAAAGAAGCCUUAAGAGUUGAAAACAUUUCUUUAAAGGAAGAAAUCAAAAGACUUGAAAGAAUGAGAUUAAAAGAGUAAAAUGAAUAUGAGAGUGAAGUAAGAGAUAAGCUUCGUACAUUAGAAAAUUAGAGAUUAAAAAUAAAUUAAUUGUAAGAUUAAGUUUAGGAUUUAGAUAAGACUAGAAUAUCAAAAUUAGAGAUAAUUAGAGAUUCGGAAUUCCAAAAAAUAGAAAUAGAGUUAUAGUAAAGCAAGAAUAAAAUUCAAUAGCUAGAGAACUUAAACUAAUAAAUGCAAUAUAAAAUAGAUCAUUUAGAAUAAAUAAAUAAUAAGAAAUAGCUUUUAAUAGGAGAUAUUCAUUUCCAAAACGAGACUCUUAAAGAGGAGGUAGCUUAUCUUACCAACUUAAAAGAAAAAAAUUAAUGGGCCAAAGUAUCUAAAAAUGUUCCUCUUAAAAAUAAAGAAAAUGAAAUUCUAAUAGUUCAACCUUAAGUUCAGUCUUCAGAAAAAUCAAUUCAAGAAUAGCUAAGUAGUCCCAGAUAUGGUCUUGUUUAAUAAUAAAGUAUUGCUAAACAUACAUAUGAACUACCAUAAGAUAUGCAUCCAAAUAUGCUGUCUAGUCCUUAGCAUUUUGAAAAGGAUAACUAUGCUAAUUAUUAUAGAGAUACAAGACAAAUGAUGGAUUCUUUAAAUAGAUACUAGAGUAUCAGUACAGUUGCUUCUUAAAAUUAAAGGUCUUAUUACUGA